UUCUCCACGCUUCGCCAUGACGAACAAAUGACCGCGCGGGGAAUGAGAUUGAAGUUCCAGCGAGGCGAGCGCGUUCUCUGCUUCGAGCCCGACCCCACCAAGGCCCAAGUGCUCUAUGAUGCCAAGAUUGUUGAUAUUGUUGUUGGAAAAGAUGAGAAGGGCAGAAAGAUUCCAGAAUAUCUGAUCCAUUUUAAUGGUUGGAACAGAAGCUGGGAUAGAUGGGCAGCUGAAGAUCAUGUUCUUCGUGAUACAGACGAAAACCGCAGAUUACAACGUAAAUUGGCAAGAAAAGCUGUAGCUCGCAUGAGAAGAAAGGGAAGGAAGAAGAGACGUUGUCGGCUGCCUGGUGUUGACUCUGUGUUAAAAAGCCUUCCUGCUGAGGAAAACGAUGAGAGCAGUGAAAAUUCUAUAAGUAGUUCUUCUGAUGACAGUGAUGAAGGAACCGAUGAAGAAAUAAAAAGUGAAGAAAGUGACAUUGAAGAGAGGACAGACAUGAAAGAAGAACAAGAGAUUCACACUAAAAGGGAUAUGGAAGAAAGAGCAAUAAGCAUAGAAAUUCCUGAAGUUUUGAAAAAAAAGCUUGAAGAAGACUGUUAUUAUAUUAACAGGAGAAAACGGCUAGUGAAACUGCCUUGUCAGAGAAAUAUAAUAACUAUCUUGGAGUCGUAUGUGAAGAAUUUUGCCAUUAAUGCAGCGUUUUCAGCUAAUGAAAGAUCUCGGCACCAUCAAAUGACUUCACAUGUCAACAUGAACCUUCAUUAUAUCCCACCAGAAAAGAAGGGCUGGUGUGAGACACCCCCUGCUGAAGCAAAGUUAAACUUUGAGCUUUAUGAGUUGACACCUGGUCAAGUUAUAGAAGCACAAACUCCAAAAGUGCAGGUGUAUCACAAAAUGCCUUCAGAGGACACCAGUUACAGUGUUGAGUUAUGUAAAGAAAUGGUGGAUGGACUGAGGAUAACCUUUGACUUCAUUCUUCCAUUGAUCUUGCUCUAUCCCUAUGAGCAAGCACAGUUUAAGAAGGUGACUUCAUCCAAAUUCUUUCUUCCAAUCAAAGAAAAUGCAGCAAACACUAACAGAAAUCAGGAGGAGCUAUCCCCGAGUCCACCUCUGCUGAAUCCACCAACUCCUCAAUCCACAGACAGUCAGCCUACAACAGGUGAGCCAGCAACACCCAAGAGGCGAAAAGCUGAGCCUGAAAUACUACAGUCUCUGAGGCGUUCUACACGUCAUACAUCGAACUGUGACAGGUUGUCAGAAAGUAGUGCAUCUCCACAACCUAAACGACGGCAUCUCGAUACGCCUGCUUCAAUGCCAAAACUGUUUUUGCAUCUGGAAAAGAAAACGCCCGUCCAUAGUGGGUCGUCAUCACCUAUCACUCUGACUCCUAGCAAAGAAGGGAGUGCAGUAUUUGCUGGCUUUGAAGGUAGAAGAAAUAAUGAAUUCAAUGAGGUGUUGUCUUGGAAACUGAUGCCAGAGAACUAUCCCCAAAGCGAUCAGCCACCUCCUCCCUCUUACAUCUAUGGAUCUCAGCAUUUGCUACGGAUGUUUGUUAAACUUCCAGAGAUACUGGGGAAGAUGUGCUUUCCUGACAAAAAUCUAAAAGCUUUGGUAAAGCAUUUUGAACUGUUCUUGAGGUUUCUAGCAGAAUACCAUGAUGACUUCUUCCCAGAGUCUGCUUAUGUAGCUGCAUGUGAGGCUUACUAUAGCACCAAGAAUCCUCGGGCAAUCUACUGAAGCUUUUAGUGAACAAUAAAUCUUGCUGUACAUAGCCCAUGGUUGUUGCUGCUUUGCCACAUAGCUACGAGAUGAAGAUGAAAUGGAAUUUGUAUGGCCUUUUUCAGAUAGGAAAAAGGGAGUCGCUUCUAUGACUACUGGAUUCGUUAGCAGAGAUGGACCACUUCUUGUUUUAGAGCCAUGCAAAGAUUGCAUUCUGAAUUUUCUCCAAGUGUUGCAUGUAAGCUGCACUUCUAGAAGAAGCCCUGCACUGACUUCUAAUGCAUAGGACUGCAUAUAGUUCUUAUUAAGAAGUGUGUGUGGGGGGGAAGCAGGUGCAUUAGCAGUGGGACGCUUUCAUGAAAACAAAUACCUCAUGCUGUCUUUUAUUUUAACAUGAACUGUUUUCAGCAUGAAAAGUUAAACUGGCUUCACUCUCGUGUAAGGAGAAUGCAUCACUGGCAUCCUGUGGAUUUCGUUUCACACACAGAACGCACACUUCAUUUUGUGAAACGGUCAUGGCAGGAAAGAGUGCUGCAUGUAGAGGAAGAAUUGCAUAGCAAUUUUAUUGUCAUGGUCUCUGACUCAAGGAAGUAGUUUUCUGUGGCUUAAAUGAAAAAUGUUGCUUGCUUUUUCUUUUUAAAAGGCAUCUGUCUUUCCCAUAGUAGGUUGCCACAGUUACAAGUGCAGACCUCACCAGUGAUUCAUCUUAUCCAUGUCUGUGAAUGAUUCCUAAAGGCAUUAAAGAACAGGAUGUUCUAACAGGUUCUCACAGAGUAAGCAUAGAGUGAAUAAAGUGACAGCAUUUACUUUGGCAAACUUUUUUCUUAAUAAAGAAACUGGUUGGUAA